AAAAGCCCCAGAUUAUUUUCCAGCAGAUUCAGAGGCUGCAGCGGGAACAUGGCUGUGCGGAGGGUGGUGCUGGGGUUGGGGCUCAUACUGGGGCUGCUGGGGGUAGCGCCGGCCGACCUGAGGGCCAGGGAUCCUGGGCUGGAGGAUGAGCCCCGGAAAGCCGCAGGACAUAGCUUGGAGCGCUUCCUGCAUGGCACCCGUGGGGGACCACAGGGGCACCGGGUCCCCGCCUCUGCACCGCUGGGGCACGCACACCUGGCGGACCCAGCUCACCACCAAGUGGAGGAAGUAGCACCCCUGUUAGGUGAUGCAGCGAGCCAGAACUCUGUAAAGCGUAUAGGGAACUGGUGUUCAUACAUCAGCUACCGCGUGGUGACCAUGAAGGUGUCCUACGGGACAGAGAAGUACACCAUCAAGUCGCAGAGCCCCUGUCCCAGUGGCUCACCAGACUGCCAACUGGUCAUGUACAAGCUGUCUGUGCGGCCUGUGUACAAAGAGCUGCCAAAGAUCGUCUCGGCCCAACUGUGGAGGUGCUGUCCAGGUCAUGGGGGAAGCAACUGCGAGGACACAGUCACGCAGGGUCACGUCUCGGACAGCAGUGACCAGACAGGAAGCGCCCCCCCUGUACUGUCAGAGAUCCGCCGCAGAGCAGAUGAGCGACAGGCACAUCCUGAUGGCUUCCAAGCGUACGAGCAUUUUGAGGAGGAGAACAGCACCGAAACAGCUUUGAAGCCCGACCAGGCUCAUACAGACCACUUUGGUCACCAACAUGAUUACAAUCAUGGUCAUGAUGGCGAGCAUGACAGUCACCAUAACCAUAACCAUCAUUUUGACCAAGAUUAUGACAACCAUAAAACAGAUGUGGACCCAUCAAUUCAACUGCCCUUCCCAUAUGGUGGUGAGCCCCUGUCCCUCCUGCACAUUGAGACCAUGCUGAUGGCCAGGAUCCAGCCCUUCUUGGACAGCUUCAACCAGACCCUGCAACAUCUCUCCCAGGAGGUGGGUGACUUGUCCCAGGACCUGGCUGAGCACAGGCGAGAAUGGGUGAGUCUAAAGCCAGCAGUGACGGAGCCCCCAGAAGUGUACCGAAACCUGGAGUACAGACUGGACAACGUGCAACGGGAGAUGGAAGACAUGAGUGUGCGGCUGGAGGACAGAUUGCACUCCCAGCACGCCAUGCUGCAUUAUAACCUGACCAACUUCAAGACUGACAUGGAUGGAAAAAUAAAACGCACCCAGAAAAUGAUACAGGUGAGCCUCCAGUCUCUAAAUGCCUCCUUAGCUGAUGUGAGGGAGGACCAUGCACAGCUGGAGCACUGGGUGCAAAGAGGAGGUGACCAAGGUGGAAGCGUCAAGCCGAGUCAGCAGCAGGAGGACUCUGCGAUGUGGGAGGCAAUCAAUAGCCUUGAUAAAAAAGUGAUCAACCACACAGUUAAGGUAGACACCUUGCUGGAGGACCUGAAUCUGGCCAGAAACAACAUUGGCAGCCUGCAUGCAGAGUACCAACGCUUGGAUGAGUGUAUCAAGGACACCAGCCGCAAAAGCCAGAUACAGUACAUGGAGACGGGGCUGGACGUAGAGGCGGCCAAGGUGGAGGUGCUCAGGCGGGUCAACGAGUUAGUCAGCAACCUCACAGAACAAGAGAACCAGUUGAGGGAUAUAGACUCAGACACAGACUACCUGUUUAUACAGUUUUACAAAAUCCUCAAUUCCACUUCCUGUAACUGUGAAACCUUGGCUGAAGACCUGUCCAGGCUAUCGUGGAAGGUGGUCAAUGUCACAGAGCUGGCCAAUGAGAAUAAGCUGGCCCUGGAAACCACAGAUGAGCAACAUCAAUGGUAUUUGAACUGGGACACCAGCAUGGAUGAUGUGAAUGUGAGACUACUACAGGUCCAAGAAUCUCUGGCCUCUGAGCAGAACAAGAGCCGCCUCUUGGCCAAGGACCUGUCCCAGCUGUACUCUGGAUUCCUUGGGAACCAACAGGACAUUCAUAACCUGUAUAAGAAGCAUACAGAGAAAGAGGAAGAGAUGAAUCGGCUCUCCAGCUUCUUUGAUACGCUCCUGAAGGAUGCUAUCCGACACUCGGAGGUUCUGGAAAUCCUGCUAGGAGAGGAAGUGCUGGAAUUUAGGGAACGGUCAUCCUCGGAACUGGAAACAUACUCCAUCCCUGUGCUUCAGGCAAAAAUUAAACGUAUGUCUGAGCAGAUCAAGAGCCAGAAUCAUACCUUGCACAGUGUUAGGAUGUCCAUUCAAUCUGAGGACCCAGACAUGUAUGAGCACACAGCACCUACAGAGUGGUCCACCAGAGGCCUCAAGAGAAGAAGUGGGGACCAGAGCAAACAUGCUUUUCCAGAAUCACGACUGUUGCCCAUAGAAAUCCAGAACCUAGCGAGAGAGAUAGAGAGAUUGGGGGUGGAGGUGAGCAGAUCCAAAGCCCAAGGCUGCCUCUCCUGCUGCAACUGCACAGAUCAGAUGUCCUCUGCUGGACAGGUGGCACAACUUGAUUCUGAGGUGGCGCUGAUGCGCGCCGCCCUGCAGGACCACCUACGUCUCUUUAAGAGUGUGUUCAGCAACACUGAAAUGUUGGCCGGCUCUGAUGACACACUGGACCUUGAUCAGCUGUGGGCCAUGGUCAAGGACAAAGAAGAGAAGAGGCAGGGAAAAAGUCACAAGGAGAAAAAGAAGGGCAGUUCGAGACAAAGUCAAAAUGGAGGUCAACACAACAAAAGGGACAGUGACCAGCACCCAGACAAUAAGGACUGAACUAUGAGCCACAUGAUGACUGUUUCACACAGUGAGCAUUUUGAUUUUCACUGAAUCACAGACAUUAGAAAUGUCUGAAUUCGUGUUAAGUUUUAAUUUUCUUUUAAAAGAAGGUUGCACCUGAAAUGUCUGAAGAAUUUUUUUGGCAUUUCUUUGAAAGAGUAUGCAGCUUUCUCAGUGUAAUUCAUGCAUAUGUCUCAUGUACAUUUCAUAUAUGUUUGAAAGAAUGUGUAAAGCACUUUGAAAAUUUUACUAUAAGGACUGCAGUCAGUAUUUCGGUAGCUGGUUAGUUAAUCGCCUAUUGACCAGAUAAUUUACUUAGUGAGUUGGGUGUUCAGAGCAUAUAUUUAAUUCAAAUUUUUCAAAAUCUUUGCAUUCAUACUGAGUAAAUGAAAAGCUUUGCUGUAUGAUACAGUUGUACAUGUCAAAAGUGACACAGCACAAGUCAGUAUCCAUCUUAUAAAAUCUGCAAUUGUGAUUAAUUAAUUAGACAGUUAAUACUAAAUGUCACAUUAUAUUAUAUAGUUAUUGCUGUUACACUUUCUAUACUGUACAUUAUCAGAAGAACUGUAUCUGGUAUAUUCUCCAUUGGUGUUAUUUUUUUCCACACUUGUAAGGUCUGGUAUGACGGCUUUAUUUAUUUGUUAUCAUCUUGUUUAAUUUAAUACUCAUUUCAGAUGCACUCCGGUAAUCCUAAUUGUUUUGUUACAUUAUUGCUCUUCACGUGACCAGGUCUGACUGAUUGCUUGUGAAAUGCACAGGUGAUAUUUCAGCAGAAGCAACUCAGACACAUUGAGGGGAGCUGGGAAUUGUGGGGAGUUUGGCCAGAUGUUGCAUCUCACAUUCAGUCUUUCUUAAAUUCCCAAAGAAGCUGAAGCCCACUGGUGGUUUUUCAGAAAGAUGCUACUUGUAAACUUGUGAAUAUUAAGAAUCUGUCUUCCAUAAAAUGUUUUUCACAAAUUCA